AAAAUUUUGUGUUUUUAUGUUGGUCACUUGGAUGCGAUUUAGAACCGCCUAGAAAGCGGCCAUAUUCGCAGUAUUUUCGGUGAACAGACGAAUAACGAAUAAUCUCUCAGCGAGUUGUGCUACGGUAUAGGACUCGUAAAUCCAGAAGUAAGCAUUAUCUAUAAUCGAUCAAGAUGACUGAUGAUAUGCCAUCCUUCAAGUGCGUGCUGGUAGGAGACGGUGGUACUGGCAAAACGACAUUCGUUAAGCGUCACUUAACCGGAGAGUUCGAGAAGAAAUACGUCGCUACCUUAGGUGUAGAGGUGCAUCCUUUAGUUUUCCACACAAACAGAGGUGCCAUCAGAUUCAACGUAUGGGACACCGCCGGCCAAGAGAAAUUUGGCGGGCUUCGUGAUGGCUACUAUAUUCAAGGCCAGUGUGCUGUGAUUAUGUUUGAUGUCACGUCCCGUGUAACAUACAAGAAUGUUCCUAACUGGCACAGGGAUUUAGUACGAGUUUGUGAGAAUAUACCGAUAGUUCUGUGUGGAAACAAAGUUGAUAUUAAGGACCGCAAAGUUAAAGCUAAGAGUAUUGUGUUCCACCGGAAGAAGAACCUUCAGUACUACGAUAUUUCUGCCAAGUCGAACUACAAUUUUGAAAAACCAUUCCUGUGGUUGGCUCGCAAGCUUAUUGGAGAUCCCAACUUAGAGUUCGUUGCAAUGCCAGCAUUGGUGCCUCCAGAGGUCACCAUGGACCCAGAAUGGAAACAGAAGAUAGAGAAGGAUCUGAAGGAGGCUCAAGAAACCGCUUUGCCGGAAGAUGAUGAAGACUUAUAAGUUACUUUGUUAUAGACAACAUGAAUGUUUUGUAUAUUUUGUUAAUGAAAAUGGUGGGUUUGAAUUUGAAUAAUAGAGAAUGGGUUCUGCAAAAUGUCGUGAAAUAAUUAUUUUAACGCCAGAUGUAUUUUUUUAUUCUUAAUCAUCUGUAAAGUGAAAAAUUUAAAAAUGUGAGUGCUGUAAUCAUGAAUGCUGAGUGUAA